CCAACGACCACAGAACAUAAAUAAAACAUAUAAAACGCAGAGGACAACGUAGUAUUUUUUGGUCUCUUUCACACGAACAUAAGAACCACACAGAAACCAUACCCUUUUUGUUGCAGAAGAAAAUCAUUGGCAAUGACCUCCCAAGCUUCCUCCUUUUCCGUCGCCGUUCCUUCCAUCGCUUCCCCUUUCCGGCGCAACCGUAAUCUCCCCGUCGUUCGAGCCCAAGUGGAACCAUCAGAUAAAUCUGUUGAAAUCAUGAGGAAGUUUUCAGAGCAAUAUGCCCGUAAGUCAGGAACAUACUUUUGUGUUGACAAGGGAGUCACUUCUGUUGUUAUCAAGGGCUUGGCUGACCAUAAAGAUACGUUGGGUGCACCGCUGUGCCCUUGCCGGCAUUACGACGAUAAAGCUGCUGAGGCUGCGCAGGGAUUUUGGAAUUGCCCAUGUGUUCCAAUGAGAGAGAGGAAGGAGUGCCACUGCAUGCUCUUUCUCACUCCUGACAACGAUUUUGCUGGCAAGGAGCAGGCUAUCACCUUGGAUGAAAUUAAAGAAGCAACAGCAAAUAUGUAACAUAGACUAUUGUGUAUUAAGGUACUUGUUACAGUCUGUAUGUUUGGAGAGACAAAUGAAAAGAAGAGUGUAAUAAUAUAUGUAGGUAAUAUAUUUGUAAUUACCGAAAAUCACAUGUAAUUCUUUUUACUUUGCUCUUUCUGAAUAGCCUCUAACCCUUACUGUAUUACAAAUCUCAUUCAUUUCAUCUCCAUUUUUGUUUUAUGCUGAC